AUGGCGGACGAAAGUCGUAAAUGGACCGAGACCGAGGACCAAGUUCUGAGAGCGACAGUGCGUAAAACGACGCACCUACCUGAGCGAAGCAACAAAGAUUGUCGCAGACGCUGGCGUCAGAAAUUUGCAGAAAACACUAAUUUUGGGAGCUGGAUCGAUUCAGAAGACGACCGGCUUCGCGCAGCAGUUGCGCUGCAUGGCACAAAGUGGCCAGUGAUAUCUAAGGAAGUUGGAACACGUACCAGUGAGCAAUACUCCAAACGUUGGAAGCACGUCUUAGAUCCAAAUCUGAAUCAUAGUCCUUGGACCCAAGACGAAGACGGCUUCUUGCUUGCCAGUGUCGAACAGCACGGAAGGAACUGGAAGAUGAUUUCUGAGAUGUACUUCAAGAAUCGAGCAGCAUUAUCUCUGAAGAAUAGGCAUUCCCUUUUGCUCCGUCGACGAAAAAAAUCGAAUGCGUUAUCGCAGGGUUUCUCGAAAUUCCAGCCGGAAUCUCAGCCGUCCACAAUCAACGUGGUGCCUAAUAGCUUUAGGAGUAGACAGCGACUGGAAAAUUCUGCAACUUGUGCCGAGAAUCCCGGACCAUCUGAGAAGGAGAUACAGGAUGAAAGUAUGUUUGGCACCAUCGAUGAAAACGGUUUCGAAAAUGAAACUGGUCAAUAUGAUUGGGGUGACCGUGAAGCAGCUACCUCAGAUGAGAUGUUUGACCGGGAAUAUUUGUUCCCGAACGCAAAUUUCCCGCUAUCAUCGUCCUCGUUUCAGGGCCAAGUAUUGGAGGAAGAUUUAGGCAUUGACGAUAUCCUUGAAGGACCAAGUUGGGGGGCUCAGAAUGUUAGUCCGCUGGCGCAAUACAAUAUGCCUAACUCUAAGGGUAACUUCGAAGGUCUGCUGGAUUUUAUGCCUCGAACUGAAUCCUUUUCACUGUAUCCACCUGCCUCAUUGGAUCAUCAGAGACCAGUCCAGGCCCCAUCAGCGGCUCCAGCAGUGUUCAUAUGA